AUGGAAAUAUCAGGCCUCCUCCUUCUCCUAUUGGGAGUUGGUGGUGGUCUUUGCUACGUACCACACGCCAAAGAACAUUUUUUAACGGAUCUUUUAUUCCGGGAUGUGGUUGACCGUAUGGGAAAAGAUUUGGCAGAAGCUGCCGAUAGUUAUUUAGACAUGCCAGACAACGAAAGGUUACAGACAAAUGGUUUCCUGUCGAAUCGCGUUAUAAAAGAUCUCGAAAACGAAGAAACAUCAGAUCCGAUAGAUUAUGAUAGAUUAUCGAAUAAUCCAAAUCCGUCACUUAGAGAUCGAGAAUAUUUACAACAUUCCAGCCUUUGGGGACAUCAAUUCGUCGCUGGAGGAGCCGGAGAAGGGAAACAACGUUUAAAACCAGAUGGAAGCGUACAAAAUCAGCAACAAGUUAAAACCGACGAAACUCUACCGGCUUAUUGUAAUCCGCCUAAUCCUUGUCCGAUAGGAUAUACGGGUGAAGACGGUUGUUUGGAAGAAUUUGAAAAUACCGCAGCAUUCAGUAGGGAUUAUCAAACAUCUCAGGAUUGCAUGUGCGAUUCCGAACACAUGUUCGAAUGUCCCGUUAGAGAUUUUCAAAGUCACGGCAACGAUCUUAACGAGGAAGAUUUAGAUCUCGAUAGAAUAAUGGAAGAAUUGACGGAGGGAGAACAGCAUAAAAAUCUAGUCGCGAAAAAAUUUCACACGAAAAAGGAUGUCAACCCGUAUUUAAACGGUGAAAAACUUCCGGUUGCGGCUAAAAAGGGCAUCAACUUAUCAAAUAAUUAA